CUCCAAUGAACGUAAAGGUAAAAGUUUGGACAAGCGUUGAAGUGAACGGGUACAUCUUCGUUUGGCAUCACGUUCUCAAUGAACCGCCUUCCUGGGAGCUGGUUCCAGUGCCCGAAAUUGCCAGUAAAGAAUGGGCCUACUGCGGUCGCACUGAUCACACCAUCUUGGCACAUCCUCAGGAAAUACUCGAAAAUGCCGCCGAUUUGACCCAUUUGCCUGAAAUUCACACCGCACCCUUUAUAAGUUCUAACUUUGCUCUGCUUAAUCGCAUCAAAAAGUGGAAAAUCUUUGAGCACAAUUGGGCUGCUCAGUGGUCAGAGGGUCCCGCCCCGCACCAGAUCACCAUUAUACUGACUGGUCCGGCUCACGUUGAAAUCUUUUUUGAAAGUGAUGGUUUCUUGGGCAAACUGAAGGGUGCUUACAUGGAAUUUGUGACGCCCAUCUCACCUCUCAAAAAUCGCAUUGUCUACCACACUUGGAUAGAGCGAAAGGGAAUUUUAAGUUACCUGAUGGGCAAAUUUUUACUUUACGCUGAGGCAAAAAUGACCUACUUGGAAAGACCAGUCACCUUGUAG